AUGAGCGUGAUGACGUCCGCGCCGGCGGAGAUUUUAAAAUUCGAACGGCGGCGGCGGGCGGAGGCAGAAGCUGGUGUUUGGCGGUCGCUCUUCUGUAUAACAGGCGAUUGCACGGGUUGCAAAAAUUGGGUCCCUGGAUCACAUCAGCAAACUGGAAGAAAGGUCAUAAGCAUGAAGCGCAGUUCAGUUUCCACUGGUGGUGCUGGCCGCCUCUCCAUGCAGGAUUUAAGAUCCCAGGACUUAAAUAAACAAAGCCUCCAUACCCCUCAAACCAAAGAGAAACCAGCCUUUGGAAAGCUGAACUUAAACAAACCCACUUCUGAAAGAAAAGUCUCUAUAUUUGGUAAAAGAACUAGUGGACCUGGAUCCCGGAAUAGUCAAUUUGGUAUAUUUUCCAGUUCUGAAAAAAUCAAGGACCCACGACCACUUAAUGAUAAAGCAUUCAUUCAGCAGUGUAUUCGACAACUCUGUGAGUUUCUUACAGAAAAUGGUUAUGCAUAUAGUGUAUCCAUGAAAUCUCUACAAGCUCCUUCUGUUAAAGACUUCCUGAAGAUCUUCACUUUUCUUUAUGGCUUCCUGUGCCCUUCAUAUGAACUUCCUGACACAAAGUUUGAAGAAGAGGUUCCAAGAAUCUUUAAAGAUCUUGGGUAUCCUUUUGCAUUAUCCAAAAGCUCCAUGUAUACAGUGGGGGCCCCUCAUACAUGGCCUCACAUUGUGGCAGCCUUGGUUUGGCUAAUAGACUGCAUCAAGUUACAUACUGCUAUGAAAGAAAGCCCACCUUUAUUUGAUGAUGGACAUCCUUGGGGAGAAGAAACUGAAGAUGGAAUUAUGCAUAAUAAGCUGUUUUUGGACUACACCAUAAAAUGCUAUGAGAGUUUCAUGACUGGUGCUGACAGCUUUGAAGAGAUGAACGCAGAAUUGCAGUCAAAGUUGAAGGAUGUAUUUAAUGUAGAUGCUUCCAAGCUGGAAUCAUUAGCAGCAAAAAACAAAGCAUUGAAUGAACAGAUUACAAGACUGGAACAAGAAAGAGAAAAAGAACCGAAUCGUCUAGAGUCACUGAGAAAACUGAAAGCUUCCUUACAAGCAGAUGUUCAAAAAUAUCAGGCAUACAUGAGCAAUUUGGAGUCUCAUUCAGCCAUUCUUGACCAGAAAUUGAGUGGUCUUGAUGAAGAAAUUUCUAGAGUAGAACUAGAAUGUGAAACAAUGAAACAGGAGAAUGCUCGACUACAGAAUAUUGUUGAUAACCAGAAGUACUCAGUCGCAGACAUUGAAAGAAUAAAUCAUGAAAGAAAUGAAUUGCAGCAGACCAUUAAUAAAUUAACCAAGGACCUGGAGACAGAACAACAGCAAUUGUGGAAUGAGGAACUAAAAUAUGCCAGAGGCAAAGAGGCGAUUGAAACACAAUUAGCAGAGUAUCACAAGUUAGCUCGAAAAUUAAAACUUAUACCUAAGGGUGCUGAGAAUUCCAAAGGUUAUGACUUUGAAAUUAAAUUUAAUCCUGAAGCUGGUGCCAACUGCCUUGUCAAAUACAGAGCUCAAGUUUAUGUACCACUCAAGGAACUCUUGAACCAAACUGAGGAAGAAAUUAAUAAAGCUCUAAAUAAAAAAAUGGGACUAGAGGACACUUUAGAACAAUUAAAUACAAUGAUAACAGAAAGCAGGAGAAGUGUAAGAACUUUGAAAGAAGAAGUUCAAAAGCUGGAUGAUCUUUACCAACAAAAAGUUAAGGAAGCUGAGGAAGAAGACAAAAAAUGUGCCAAUGAGCUGGAGUCCCUGGAGAAACACAAGCACCUGCUGGAGAGUGCUGUUAAUGAGGGCCUCAGUGAAGCUGUGAAUGAAUCAGAUGCUAUUCAGUGGGAGUACCAACUGGUUGUGCAAACCACAACUGAAGAAAGACGAAAAGUGGGAAAUAACUUGCAGCGUCUCUUAGAGAUGGUUGCUACACACGUGGGAUCUGUGGAGAAACAUCUUGAGGAGCAGAUUGCUAAAGCUGAUAGAGAGUAUGAAGAAUAUGUGUCUGAAGAUUUCUUGGAAAACAUUAGAGAGAUUGGAGACAAGUAUAAGAAGAAAGCUGCUCUACUUAAAGCUUCUUCUGAUGAAUGAAGAUAAAAUGUUGACUAAGCAAAAACUUUGUGAAUGAACAGUGUAAAUUUUUAAAUGUCCUUCGUAGGUUGAAAACUCUCUAAUGUAUCCUAUACCCCUCCUUACAAUGAAGUCUCAUGACCAUAUCUUCCCAAGCCUAGAAAUAUUUUUAUAUCUUUUCUAAAUCUAGUUCAUUAACUUAAAGUAUGUAAAACCUGAAAUUAUGAUAACUUGUUGAAUUGUUAUCUUUAGAUGUGAAAGACCGUUGUAUUAUGUACCCAGAGUUAAUAAAACUGCAUCAGUAAAGUAUGUUUCAAUGCCUACUUUCAGAUGGUUAGAAGACAGGUAUUUUUAUCUAAACCAGGAAUUGUCAAACUAACUGUGGGCCAAAUCCAAUCACACCCAUUCAUAUACCAUCUAUGACUGCUUUCACACUACAGUGACAGAGUUUAGUAUAUGUGACAGACCAAAUGGCCCACAGAGCAAAAAAUGUGUACUAUCUGGCCCUUUACAGAAAAUGUCUGCCAGUCCCUGGCAUAAGCCAUACAAAGGUUGGUACUGUUUUUAAAAAACUGUUUUAAAAACUUUCUUAAUGACUGACACAUAGUCUUACCCACUCCUUAUCCAGAGCCAAGAAACUAAAGUGCUUUUUGGCUUCAUGCCACCUUUACUCUGAAAUAAGCAGAAUAUGGAAUGUGAGAAUUAGCAGAAAUAAUAAAAUAGUCCGGUUCAACCCCCUCAUUUUAGAGAUGAGAAUUCAUUCCUAGAGAAGUUCUGCUUUACCACUUGUCACACCUCUGGGUGUGGAAGAAGCCACCUUGGAACUUACUUGAACCUGUACACAAUCCUGAGUACAGACACAGGAUCCAUGAAAUAUCAGCUCUGGAUGCUGAGGAAAUCAUGUUAGAAUAUGAAAAUAUUAGGUCUAAACUGCUAGAAAACUCCUCUAAGUUGAACUGACAUCUGCCUCCAGUUGAACCUUCUAUUCAUUAAACUUUAUUCUAAUUCCAGUGCAAGUCAGAAUAAAGAACAUGAUAAGAUGAGAAGUAAGCAAUAUUCUAUGGGAACUCAGAAUGGAAUUCCAGCAAAGUUUCAUGAAGGGAAGGCAUUCAGCCAGAGAGAGCUGAAUGAACAGACUGGUCAUAGUUAAUGGAUAACUCCCAGAUCUGACAAGAUUAAUAGUCACCAGUGUAUUCAAAAAUCUUGACUACUGACAUCCAGUAGAACUUUCUCUAGUGAUGGAAGUACUCGAUCUGCACUCUCCAUUAUGGCACCAGCCAUGUGUAUCUAGUGUGCACUCAAAUGACACAUGUUUAUGACAAACGACACAAGCUUUGCCGCUAAACACAGUGUGGAAACAGUGGGAGCACCAUCGGCCCACUUGCUCACUAAAAAUGCAGACUUGGCCCCACCCCAGACCUACUAAAUCAGAAUAUGCACUUUUUGUAGUGUAUUGACAUAAGCUAUGUAUUUAAGCUUCUCAUAAGUUUUGACAUAUAUACACCCAUAAAAUUAUCCCAUCUAAUAAAGAUGUCAUGACUAAAAGUUUCCUCAUUGUCCUUUGCAAUCCUUUCUCUUGCCCCACACCCAUCCUCAGGCAAACACUGGUCUCCUUUCUGUUACUAUAGAUUCAUUUGCAUUUUCUAGGAUUUUAUAUAAAUAAAAUCAUAGAGUAUGUAUACUUGUAUAGCCUCUUCCAUUCAGUAUUUUGAGAUACACUUUGUACUAUAUAUUAGUAAUCUGUUCCUUUUUAUUGCUAAGUGUUCCAUUAUAUAUGAAUACAUUGAGUUUGUUAAUUCAUUCACCUCUUGAUGCGCAUUGGGUUCUUUACGGUUUUGGCUAUUACAAAUAAAGUCUGAAUAUUCAUGUACAAGUAUUUGAGAGUAUUCUUUCAUUUCUCUUGGGUAAACAGGAGUGGAAUGACUAGUUCAUAUAUGGUAGGAGCAAAUUAGCUUUUAUGAAAUUUCAAAAAUGUUUUCUAAAGUGGUUGUAACUGCAAUAUAUGGGACUUCCAUUUGCUCCACACCCACACUUGGGAUGGUCAGUUGUUUUAUUUUUAAACAUCCUAAGGGUAUAUGGUUCUAUCUCAUGAUAUUAAUUGGCAUUUCCCUAAUGACCAAUGGUGUUAAGCACCUUUUUGUGACCUUAUUGCCAGUCAUAUAUAUUCAUGUCUGUU